GUGAAUGUGCAAUUCACUGAGAAGUCUCAUAAUAGAAAAUUGAACGGGGAACAAUGUGCCCGAUUCGUCAAAAAUGCCGCAGUGGUUAUCAAUACCCUUUACAGCGAUCCUGCCUAUGCAGAUGACAGAGAACAAUGGACUCAAGUAAUGCAAGAAUGGGACUUGCUAAGCAGCAUGCUGAAGUGUCAAGAAAUUGAAAAAAUUGAAAACCUGAAUUUUGAAAUCGGUUUGACCGUUCCAGUAAGAUUGAGAAAUCUCAUGCUCAACAUUAUCGAUCUGGUUGGAGAUCCUACUUUGAUGCAGUCAUUCUACUUCCACUCGCUCCUUGUUGGGCACAUUGGCCAACAAUUCUACGACCGUUUGGUACAAUAUGGGAUCCCUCUUGGAUUACUGAACAUUAGUAACGUCGAGAAUCGCCACAGACAUUUUGGAAGACCUUCAUAUCUUCAAGUCCAACCAGAGGUGAAUGCAUUCGUCUCAAAGAAACGUCGCCGUGAAGGAGAACAUGAACCUUUGAUGGAGUCGCGCCAAGCAGCCUGGUCUUACUACGCCUUAGCAUCGCUGAGCAUGGUAAGUUGGUUCAAUUUAGAACGCAAAGCAAAACAAUUACAAGUGGUUUUGAAUAGUACAUAAAUGAAAAUUUUAUUUCUGUGC